CCACCCCCAGCCCGGCCCCGCAGCGGGCCCCGCAGCGAGCCCCGCGGCCGCGCCCCAUGGAUAUAGCAACAGGUCCCGAGGCGCUGGAGCGGUGCUUCUCCCGGGGGCCGGCCGACUGCGCCAAGAUGCUGGACGGGAUCAAGAUGGAAGAGCACGCCCUGCGCCCGGGGCCCGCCGCCCUGGGGGUGCUGCUGGGCGCGGACUGUCCACCCCCGGCCGUGUGCGAGGGCUGCCAGCGGCCCAUCUCGGAUCGCUUCCUGCUGCGGGUGAACGAGGCGUCCUGGCACGAGGAGUGUUUGCAGUGCGCAGCGUGUCAGCAAGCCCUCACCACCAGCUGCUACUUCCGGGAUCGGAAACUCUACUGCAAACAGGACUACCAACAGCUGUUUGCAGCCAAGUGCAGUGGCUGCCUGGAGAAGAUUGCCCCGACGGAGUUUGUGAUGCGGGCGCUGGAGUGCGUGUACCACCUGGGCUGUUUCUGCUGCUGUGUGUGUGAGCGGCAGCUGCGCAAGGGCGAUGAGUUUGUGCUGAAGGAGGGUCAGCUGCUUUGCAAGAGUGACUACGAGAAAGAGAAAGACCUGCUCAGUUCUGUCAGCCCAGACGAAUCGGACUCGGUGAAGAGUGACGACGAGGAUGGGGACGUGAAGCCCACAAAGGGCCAAGCCAGCCAGGGGAAGGGCAGCGAUGAUGGGAAGGACCCCCGGAGGCCCAAGCGGCCACGGACAAUCCUCACCACGCAGCAGAGGAGGGCGUUCAAGGCCUCUUUCGAGGUCUCCUCCAAACCCUGUAGGAAGGUCAGAGAAACACUGGCAGCAGAGACGGGGCUCAGCGUCCGAGUAGUCCAAGUCUGGUUUCAGAACCAGAGAGCAAAGAUGAAGAAGCUGGCAAGGAGGCACCAACAGCAGCAGGAGCAGCAGAACUCCCAGCGGUUGGGCCAAGAAGUCAUGUCCAACCGCAUGGAAGGGAUGAUGACGUCCUACACUCCCCUGGCCGCUCCCCAGCAGCAGAUUGUCGCCAUGGACCAGAGCAGCUACGGCACAGACCCCUUUCAGCAGGGCCUCACCCCUCCUCAAAUGCCAGGUGACCACAUGAACCCCUAUGGGAACGACUCGAUUUUCCACGACAUCGACAGCGACACCUCGUUAACGAGCCUGAGCGACUGUUUCCUGGCCUCCUCGGAAGUGAGCUCCAUGCAGGCGCGGGUGGGGAACCCGAUUGACAGGCUGUACUCUAUGCAGAGUUCGUAUUUCGCCUCCUGAAAGUGAGAGCGAGUGGGAGAGAGAAAGGACCCGCCCGCCCGUCCUCCUGCCCGCCGGCCCGCUCCUCGCUCACAGUGACUGCGUCUCCAGUGCAAACUCGACAGCCAUGCGGUGCCCCGGUGCCCCGCCCCGCCGGCCCUACCAGACACUUCUCCCCCGGGGGAGGCUGAGGCAGAAGCAGCAACUCUCUCUCCCCACUCCUCGGCCCCUCCUCGGCCCAGAGUCUCCAGGUUCCAGCCGGAUGGCGGCCCACGGGGAUCCCUCAGCCGCCACGCCGGAGCCUCUGGUUGGUGUCCGUUCGGGGUUUCCCUGGCUGGGUGGCUGUUUUUUAAAGACCUCAUUGUUGUAAAGGAACAAAACAGACUUGAUGGAAAGUUAGACCUCGCCCUUCCACUCUCUCUCCCUCCUCUAAUCUCCUCAUUGUCUAUUUCUUCCCAUUCUCUCUCUCUGUCUCUCUCUCCUCCUGUUUCUUUCUCACCCUCUUUCUCUCCCACUCUCUUUCCCUAAAAUUUUAUAUUUUUUCUAAAGGGCCCUGCUAGUGACCUCAGUGGUGACCACCGACCAAUAAACUAAGAAACUGGAAGCCUCUCCCCCUCCCCUUUCUGACUGCAUGACCCAAAGCGAUGUUGUGGACUUUUGCCAUUUGAACUGUGAGAAGUUAUAGUAGCUGUGACAUCCAGCAUUGGGUUCCUCUCUACACUUCCUUUUCUUCAUAACUCUAGCCCAGCUCACUAGUUUCUAGGCCAUGGACUGUAGGAUAUUUAGGAAACUGGUAAGGGUGCAACAUGUGGAGAAGACUUAAAAUGGUCUAUGUUGGAGUGGCGAAGGCUGCGUGGCAGGGCCAGGCGUUGAGGCUGCUAAAGAGCUGAAAGUAUUAAAAAACCAAGGUGCUUAAAAGACACAAAGCUUCAUUACCAAAAGGAGAUACCACCAGUGUGCUAUCUUUCUGUGGGCCUGGGGAGAGACUUGGUGGGAAAGCUGAUUGGCAGAGAGGGGGCAUCCACCAGGGGCAUCCACCCUGCCUGUCAGUGUGGGUCUCGCAUGGUGCGGAGAUGAGGAACCCAUGGUCCAGCCAGGCCGGUGCUCUCUCCACCUUGGGCCUGGGCUUCUCAUCCUCCCUGGGGAAGCCCCACUCUGCAUGGGGAGGGGUCUGGCACGGUGGGCAGCCGACAGGCUUCAUCUACCCCUCUCCCUGAGGUUGUCUCCUGGAAGGCUGCCUGCACAGUGGAAAACAGCUACCGGGAAGGGGAGGGCUAGAGAGCCGACAGCAGCUGCCAUCCUCCCGAAAAACCCAGAAUUGUGAGUCACCUGGCCCGGGCCUGCUUGAGGCUGGAGGAACCAAAGCAGAAGGAGCUCAGGGGUGGGAAAGCUUGGACGGAGAGGGCAAGAUCCAGUCGAGCAGUCGGUCCCAGGCCUGGAAAAGCAGCCUCUGGCAGGAUGACCGCACCACUGAUGGCAAAUGCCAACUUACCCUUUUCCCUGGCCCUGCUGUCUUGCCUGGCUCUGAGUGGCACUGGCCCUGGGCUGGUGGAGGGACUCAGUGGGGCUCCGGUAAGGGAAAGGGGGAACUGUGUCCUCUUGGGUUUCAUUUGCAUUUGAUGCAUCUCCCUCCAGACCCAGUCCUUCCUGGGACCCAAACAUUAUAGCCUGAGCAGAGUCACGUGGGCAUGAUGACGGAUGGUGAGAGCCACCUAACCAGAUCCGGGGAGCUGGCUGGGGAAAGGGUGGCCUGCUGGGGAGCUGCAGGGGCGACAGACAACCCCUACCAAAUUCCUACCCAGUUAGCUCAUCCUGAGCCCAGUGGUUAGAGAGUCCUGGCGGAGCAUUGGGGGAGGAACAGCAGGAGGAGAUCAAUCAAUCAGUGGCAUUUAUUAUGUGAUUACUAUGUUCAGAGCACUGUACUAAGCACCUGGAAAAGCAUGAUAGAAUUGAAAGAUAUGCUCCCAAGCCAUAAUGAGCUUACAACCUAGAGAUCGUCCCAGACCUCAAGGGCUUGGCAGAGUCAUGAGGGAGACAGGAAGGAAAUCCAAGCACAGCCCAUAGUAGGGACCCAGGGACAGAGGUAGACAGAUGGAGGGAGGGUGGGAGAAGACCCAGACCUGCCCCAGAGGUCCCAACAGAACGGACAAAGCUAGCAGCCCCUAGCAGCCCAAGAAGGUCCCUGUCCUGACAACUUGCUGCAAUUGUGUGGGCAGCAUGUUUGAGGGAUGAGGCUGGGGAUGGCUUUGCCCCAGGGGUCGAGGAGAGGCAAGGAAGGGGGCCAGGUCCCUGCAGAGCUCCAGGGCAGGGCAGGUGGCCAUGACCAUGUGCCCAUGAGGAGGCAGCAGCGGUUGAAGCGAUGGUCAGGGCUGCUGGGGUUGGAAGGUUUGGAGAUAGCCUUGGUGCCAUUUACAAACAAAAAACACCCGCAGGUUACAUGAGUAGUGACCCUGCCCCCGCCAGGCAUGCAGAAAGCUAGCUCUGUCUCCCGGGGGCCAAGGUUCAUUAAAGCAAAAUAAAUGUCACCGUUAUUUGGAGUGAGGAGGGUCCCCAGGGAGGGUGAUCAUUGUGGUUUUAACCCGAGGCCUGCAGUCAGAGAUUAUAAAGUCACCUUUGACCUUUUUGAUUUGGGUUUACUCUUGUAUAGUCAGGGGAAAUGUCACCGAUCAGGCGCAGGCAGAGCAUGCAUAAUGGACUGUGUCCACCCCUCCGAGCCCCCCGCACCCCGCCUCUCUCUCCCCUCCCCCCGGUUCCCCACGGGACAGCCCUGGCAUCGAUGGCCCCUGCGGGACUUGGGGAGCAGAGGUCACAUGGCAGUUUAUUACCCCCAACUCACCGUGAUCAUUCUCGCCAAGAAAUUAACCCCGCGUCGGUCCCCAUCCAUCACGGGGAUGCGUCGCUGCCCGUCAAUCAUGCUAAUUUGGCGAGGAGUGGAACAUCGUUAGGGCAAAGCCCUGGCGAGAGGCAAUUGAGUGAAAAAUGAUUAAUUAGGGAUCGAGCUGGGCGCCUGGUUGCAGAGAGGAGGUAAUCGUGAUAAGUGGCAGCCGGGCAGAGCUUGUGGGGGAGGGGAUGGGCAUUGGGGGCAUCGAUUUUCUUCCCAAGAUGGUGGGGUCACAGGCGGGUUUGCAGCCUUCAUUGAGCAGGUACUCUGGCCCUGGAUUGCCUGCCAUCGGAGCCCCGUUGCCACUGCUGCCAUGGCACCGCCGCCACCGCAAAUGGGUUUCCCUCGGGCCUGGUCUUUCCCUGCUCUGCCCCAGCACCUCUCCCCACACCAAGCACAAGAGCUGCUCUCCCCCAGUUGCUCUGUCUCUGCCUUAUGGGCUCUCUGUGGGCCAAGGAGAGGGGAGAUCUCUGCUGCCUCCCUGUGCCCUGCCUUCCUGCUUGCCCUUGCCUCUUUUCUGCUGAGGGCUUGGAACCCCUGUGGGGUGAUGUGGUGAGCACAGCCUGGGGCCUGGGAUGUGACCUGCCAGGUUGGGUGGCCCUAAAGAACAAGUCCUAUCAGUAUCCAGUCCAGGCUCUAGGGCCUGUUUCUCUUCCUCCUCCUGCUCCUCCUCCUCCCUGGCCCAUCCCAGCACUGAGGGAGACCCUUUCUAUUCCCACUCCCGUGACUUUAUAGGGCCCUGCCUGCCUGCCUGACUGUCAUGAGGACUUGGGACAAGGACUCCCACUCCUCUCUCCUUGCUCCUCAACCUCCCCUCUCCACCUGUGGUAGACCAAUGUCUUGGCAGAUCCCUCCUCGCCCCCUCCCUUUCUCACCCCACCCUCCCAGGGUGCAAGCUUCUAGGGGCCAGGGAGGUGGUGAGGCGCUGUCGCCUGGGUUCCAAGGGAUUCUCAUAGGAGACCCUGGAAUGCGUCUCCCCUGUCCUGGGUCCCCAGAUCCUGGGCGAGGGACCGAGGGACCCACGGCUCCCGGAGCUUGCCCCUGAGGAGAAACGGGAUCAGGAAGCCCCUGGUAGGUGUCUUGGGGCAGGCCGGCAGAUGUCCCGGGAGAACGCACAAGCCUCGUUGGGUUGGAGCAGCGACUGUGAAGGGACUUUUUGGGCAGUGGAAGGUUAUGUUUCUGAAGAACAUCUUUUUUUUUAGCUGUUUAUGGCUGUAUUCCUUGUAUAUUUAUAUAUUCUGUAUUUAUGUUACCAAAAUGUAGUAUUUUGUAGCUGUCUGUUCCAAUUUGUUUAACUUGUACAAACGCCGACUCCCUCCUCCCCACAACCGUUCACCUUCACCGUAGCUCCUCCUCCUCCUCCCCUUUGUCCUCCUCCGUUGUCGUCGGUAACGAGCCGCCACGUGGGUGCGUAGGCCGGACUUUUAUUUAAUUACUUGUCAUCGUUAAAUUAUUUAUUAGCGUUUUUAAAUCUCAUUCCCUCUGUUCAUUUCCCGCGGCCGAGCUCUCAUCCUUCACGCUCAUAACUUUGUGCUUCUUCCCGUAAAAAAAAGGAAAAAAAAAGAUGACACGAGUAUAUUUGUAAAUAAAAGCAACCUGUACACA